CAAUACAAAAAUGUAAACGGACUUGAUUUCAGUUAAUUUGACCACAUGAAUAAUAACAUGUUUAACAAAAUUUGGUUGAAUGCCCUGGCCUGGGUGUCAUACGAGAGCGCAAUUGAUCCCAAAUGCGACGGAGCUACAUGUAGGUCUCUGUGUAAGCGGGAUUUCCAGGAAAAUAUCAAGUUCUUAGAGGCAAUUUUAUGCCGUUGUGCUUAAGUCUGCGUGCCCUUCCUACUUGAUCAGCAGACGCUUUUAGAUCAAUACAGAAUGCAGUCGGAGUUAAGAAUACGUUACGUCUACAGUGUAGGCACCGGGAUAUGGCUUUUGUUCACAUUCAUCAUUGAAUCAACUCAAGAGAGCGUGUCAGCACUGCGGGUUCGCAGUCUGGUACCUGAAGCGGGGAAACGCUAUGUAUUGGCAGGGACGUCGAUCGUGUUGUCGUGUGUUUCAGGCCAGUCUCAUAAUAGUCCAUUACAGUGGAGUUUUAAUGGAGAGACCUUAAAGUCAGACCAUGACAUGUUAAGCAUCACGUCAACACAAACCACAACGGGUCUCACCACAAGUGAACUCUACUGGGAAUGCGUGACAGAGGAGCAGGGCGGUUUAUACACGUGUCAGGACAGAGCAGGAAAUAGUCAGACACUAAAUAUUACAGUGAUAUCACUAAUACCAUCCCCUGGCUAUCUCAGUCUGACAAAAGAACGUCUAGAACCCAUUACCAUCGGCUGCAGGGUGUCGUCCAAGCUCACCCCUUAUCAGUAUAAGCCGAUAAAAUGGUAUUUCAAAGAUCAACCCAUAAAAGCUUCCCAUGGCUGGCAUCAAGGGAAAUAUCACACAUUUGACCAAAACAACACCUUAGUCAUCAAGUAUGCAGAAGAAGCUGACGCUGGGGAUUAUACUUGUACACUUAGAUUGAAUGAAGUGAACGAAACAUUGAGGCAAACUGUAAGCGUUUAUGUGCUUCCAUUAGUAGAAAGCUUCGAAAGUGAAGAAAUCAGAGUGACAGAGGGAGACGGGAUGACACUGCAAUGCAGAAUCCGGGGAGAUGGAAUUCAACAUGUUAAGUGGUUAAAGGGCAAUUCCUCGUUGACUGUAGACGGGCGGGUUGAGCUGGGGGCCUUUCGCUCUUAUCAAAACGCUUCUCUUCACGUAAAAACUGUUGCCAUGAACGAUUCCGGAAGUUAUUUCUGUUAUGUGGAGAACAGAUAUGGAGCUUCAUCAACGAGGUCGAUAAACGUGGUCGUAUUAGACUGGUAUGCUGCUGUCUGGGUUUUUUUAGGAAUCGUUGCUGAAGUUUUCCUUUUAGCGAUAAUUGCAAAUAUUUAUGAUAGAUACCUCACCAGGGAAUUAAAGAAAAAUGAAAGAGAACAAGAGAAACUAGUUCUGGGGAAAUCGCUGGCUAACACAGAACAGGGCAGUGCCAAAGCAUAGAAAGGAGAGACAUGCCAAGACACGAUGUGCCAAUAAAAAAUAGGAAAAAAAUAAGGAUUGUUGCGAUAAUCAGCCGACUUGCAUUUGAGCAGGUAUGAAAUGAAAACUGCGACUUGCUAGGAUAUCCAUGUAACAUUGCAUCACUCAAAUGGCUCAAGAUUUUUGCAUUUUCAUUUCGUAUCGGUUAUAAUAAGCAGUAUAAGCUUCUGUAUCAUUGUUAUUUACCAGUUAUUCAUUGUUAUUUAAACAUGGCUCCUAAUCUACAAUCGCUGAAUUGGUCGUUACUAGUAGGCCUACGAUAAAGACACCACAAGAAAAAUAUUGCAUCAAAAGAUGGUGCCAUAAGUGAACUAACAAUCUAAAAAUGCGAAAUUAUUUCUGGUCUUGCUGCAUUCGAAUAUACCAGUAUAGCGUCCAUAUCUAUUGAAACACUAGCUGCAGCACCUGAUUUCGAUCAUCAUUUUUUCUCUUCCACAAUACAACACGAAUGUGUUAUUCACCGGCCAUCAACUAAAUCGGCUACUUAAUUGACAAUCCUCCUUUGUGCAUUUGAAAGGAUUAUACUGACUUUAUUGAACUCACUCUUAAGCGCAUUUUUUUUACCAAUACCAAUUUUUAUAACUUUAAAUGUAUGAUUUAGGCUCUAUUUUUAUGUCUUCUUUGUAUAUGUUCCUUUAGAUGUUUUCUGUUUAUUUUGCUAUCGUUCGUUUAGUUGUUUUUAAACUCAAAGAUUUAUCUUUAUCUUUGCCUUUAUUCAUACUUCCAUAGUGCCUGAACAUUAAAAGUUUUCACAGAAGAAUCCUACUCGUUACAUUUGUAUCAAUCGGAAUUUAGGAAGUAGGCUAUAUUUCAUGACUACAUGAAUAUUUCAGUACCAUAUUUCAUCCGUAAGCUGCAAACGUUUUAAAUUUAUUGUUCUUAAAGUUAUAUAUAUAUAUAUAUAU